AUGGAAAACUGUAAUCAAACAUCAAAUGAUUUCAUCUUACUGGGAUUGUUCCCACCAUCAUCAGCUGGCUUUCUGCUCAUUGCUCUCAUUAUUCUUGUGUUCCUGAUGGCACUAAUUGGCAACCUGUCCAUGAUGCUCCUCAUCCUCCUGGACCCCCAUCUCCACACACCCAUGUAUUUCCCACUGAGUCAGCUCUCUCUCAUUGACCUAAAUUACAACUCCACCAUCAUCCCUAAGAUGGCUUCCUACUUUCUGUUUGGAAGCAAGUCAAUCUCCCUCAUGGGAUAUGGGAUUCAGAGUUUCUUCUUUUUGACUCUAGGAGGUGCAGAAACACUGCUCCUGACAUCCAUGGCCUAUGACCGCUAUGUGGCUAUUUGCCGUCCUCUCCACUGUCCUGCCUGCCCUGUCCUGGCACUCGGCACAGAGCUCACUCUAGACAGGGAGAAGUACGCCUCUGCCAUGACACAGGCUGUGGCCAGGACCAGCCCCUCCCUGCCUACUCCCUUCCCUGGCAGUGACCACGUGUACCCCAUCUGUGGUGGCUGCCCCCACAGCACCCCGGUCUGGUCCGCGUCCCACCCAGUCCCCCCGAGGUGUGCUGUGGUGCCCUAA